CAGAGAGAGCCUUCUGAAGGAAACCAGGAUAUGAGAACGGAGGAGCAAGAGAGAUGGCUCCGAGCGUCCUUCUUUAUCGUUCUUCCGCUACGCACUUCCUCUUCUCCUCCAUUAAAUCCGGCUUCUACCGGCGAUUUCAGCGUGCAAUUCUCUUUCUUUCCUCCCCCUCGAUUCCAUUUUUUCCUUUCAUUUGGUGUUGGGUGACUUUGCUUCGUUAUUUUGCCCCUGCAGUCUGUUUGCUUCAACUUUCUCAACGAUUCCACUGGUUUUCCUUUUCAUUGACAUGGGGAGUUUGGCAAUCGCCAUCAUGUCAUGUCAGAUGCUAUGCGGUUGCAAAAGCCGGAAAGGUUCAGCUGCCCAAGAAGAGAAGGCGAUUGGAUGAGGUAUGUCUUGAAAGGUUCCAGCAAUAUAGCCGGACAUUCAUUCAAUCAUGGAUCAUACAAGGCAAAGUUUUUGUGGAUGGAAGAGUAGUAAACAAAGCUGGAACACCUGUAUCUGAGAAAUCAAUUGUAGAGAUAAAGGCUGAAGUUCCAAAAUACGUAUGUAGAGCAGGAUACAAACUAGAGGCUGCUAUUGAACAAUUUGGUGUGGAUGUUGUUGGAAAAGUAGCUCUUGAUUCAGGGUUGUCCACGGGUGGUUUUACAGAUUGUUUGCUUCAGCAUGGUGCAUCAUAUGUGUAUGGCGUUGAUGUUGGCUAUGGACAAGUGGCUGAUAAAAUUCGUCGAGAUGAACGUGUCUGUGUAAUUGAAAGAACAAAUUUAAGAUAUCUUCCAGGGCUACCACAACAAGUUGAUGUGGUGACUUUGGACCUAUCUUUCAUUUCUAUACUUCUGGUGAUGCCUGCUGUAGUCGAUGUUAUGAAGAUGGAGUCUACAUUGCUAACACUGGUUAAGCCUCAGUUUGAGGCUCGUAGAUCACAGGUGGGAGGAGGUGGAAUUGUGAGAGAUCCUCUGGUACAUCAAGAAGUUCUCGAGAGGAUAAUUAAGGGUGUUGAAGAUUUUGGAUUCUGUGCCAAAGGUUGGAUGGAGUCUCCUAUAAAGGGCGCUGAAGGAAACACUGAAUUCCUGGUUUGCUUUCAGAGAAUAUCCAAGGAGACAGCAUGACCUAAACAUGUUAAUAAUUUUCUCUGUUGCAUCUGAAAGAUGACAAGUCACCUACCUGUGGGAUGGCUAAAAUUCUCAAAGAAAAGCUGGGGAGGGUCUUUCUUCUUAACAAUCUCAAAGUUACAGCGAGUUUAACAUAUUCAACCAGAAUACAAUGCAAUGUUACCAACUGUUGUAAACUUGUAAUGAUAUGGCUUAUUUGUUUGCCACAAUGUUAAGAUAUGUAACAACGUUUGUUAUUUAACAACAUUACUUAGAUCAUUCCAAUUCAAUAUUGCUUAUUGAUA